GACUUUCUCAAUGCGCAUGCGCUGUGCAGCGCGAGGCCGGCGUUGACCGAGAUCACAGGAACCGCAGUUUUCCUUCACAAGUCCGGAUUGCUCUCCGGUCCAGUUCGGUUCUGGUGUCCGUUUGUUCGCUAAAGAGGAGGAUGAUGUCGGUGGCGGCUCGCUCGCGCGCUCUGUCCCCGUACCUGCAGGCCUCGAGCUGGGCGGUGAGCGGCUCGCUGAAGCCUCUGGUCCCCGCGCGCCCCGCUGUCGACCCCGCACCGCCUGCGUUCGCGGCACCGUUGGCGGAGCGCGCGCUGCUGGGGCAGGAGAGCCUGCGCGCGAGGAGCGCACGCGGUGGGCCCGCAGUGAGCGCGAGACUGAACGCUCCUGCAGGAGUGCGUUUCGCCCACACAGACAUCAGGGUUCCAGACUUCUCUGAUUACCGACGCAACGAUGUGCUGGACCCGUCCAAGCCCUCCCAGGACAGCAGCGAAUCCAGGAAGGUGUUCUCCUACCUGGUCACCGGCACCACAGCCGUAAUGGGCGUCUACGCUGCCAAAACCGUGGUCACUCAGUUCAUCUCGUCCAUGAGCGCGUCAGCCGAUGUCCUGGCCCUGUCCAAGAUCGAGAUCAAGCUGGGGGACAUCCCCGAGGGGAAGAACAUGACCUUCAAGUGGAGAGGAAAGCCCCUGUUCGUCCGGCACCGCACCGAGAAGGAGAUCGCUACCGAAGCCGCGGUGGAUCUGUCGGAGCUCCGGGAUCCGCAGCACGAUAAAGACCGCGUGCUCAACCCCUCCUGGGUCAUCGUCAUCGGUGUGUGCACUCACCUGGGCUGCGUACCCAUCGCCAACGCCGGGGAGUUCGGCGGCUAUUACUGCCCCUGCCACGGUUCACACUACGACGCCUCCGGCCGCAUCCGGAAGGGUCCGGCUCCUCUCAACCUGGAAGUGCCGUUCUACGAGUUUCCCGACGACGACACAGUCAUCGUAGGCUGAAGGACUCGUGCUCUGCUGCUUCUGUUAUUCAGUCUGAUCUGAGACCGUAUUUAUCCAUCGUUUUAGAGUCAGAACACUGAUCUGAGAUCAGACCUUCUCACCUUAUCAGUUUAGUUCUGCUUAAUCUGAUCCCGGAUCAGCGUUCUCACUCUCUUUCUCAGUUUAAUAAAUAUUGGCCAUGAUCUGAGUUCACCCGUCUGAUCUUUACCAGCUUCUUUCAGACGCUUGCGAUUUGUUGGUUGCGGAUUAAACAGUUUGUCUGUAAGUAAUAAAUGUAUAUUUUAUUUGA